AGAGUUCUGGGCACGGUAACAUAGGUUGAGCGAGCGAAGCGGCGCUGAGGCGUGUGCAGUCGGAGAUGCCUACGGCGCCGCGCAGUACGCAGUCGCCGCGCCAGCGACACGCCCCGCAGCCUGCACCCCGCGGCGAAUCGGGACACAUCACGCCGUCCAAGAUGGCUGCGCUUGGACUCAGGACGCGACAGGAGGUGGCGCCACCAGACAGUCGCCAUGCUCCGGAUGAUGUGCAUCAGCGGCCAGCGGUGCCCGCUGUGGUGGGGGACGCUGGCCAUGGCGAGGUCAACACCGUCGACUAUUCCACCGCCAAAAACACGUAUGCCACGUAUACCGUGCACUGCGAGACCGAUCGACGUGAAAUGGGCGACGUCAACGUCGCCUUUAAGAGAAGAGGACCUCCGCCUUGCCCCUGCCCUGAAGAUGAGCUUGUAAACAUGUACGAACUGAAUCGAAAAAGAGCGGCCGAAUUUAGAAAAGUAAACCUAUUUGGUAUCGGCGAUGACUUGGAUCGUCUGUACGGGCCGCCUCUUGACGAUAGGGACCAGAGGGGAUACUGCCGGAUGAUGGCCAAAUUACUAGGAUUGGAAGGGUCCGCUGGUUAUAAAACCCCAACGCAUCAGCGCUUACGCAACCGGCUCGUAACCGAGCAGACGUGGUACGACUUGCAAGCCAAAAUGUUUCUCCCGCCGCCUGUCACCAACGACCGCCCCAUCACCACCGUUCUAAAUGAGUUAGAAACAAAAAGAAUUAAAACUGCCAAAAAGGAAAGAAUGAUGUGGAAAAUGGACAUGACGGCGACGGUGGGCCGCGGCGCGGGGCCGGCCUUCUCGGUGUUCUGGGGCCACGCGCCGCGCGCGCGCCUGUGCGCGUGCCCCGACACGCCGUGCCGCUGCACGCGCACGCGCGCCAUGCCGCGCGUCUUCAACAUGCCCAAAGGACGCGCUAUGAAGCGCAUCCCGCGGCCGCACACGGACCUGCCCUACGUCGUGGACCGGCUGAAGCGGAACGUCGAGCUGGACCGCCGCUUCUACAUCAAGGCCGCCGAGCGCGGGCUCAUGGACUGCGUACGGCCCGAAGUGUGCCUCGACGAGUGCGUUCCCUACUUCAAGGUAGACAAAAGGAAAGAAGCGCAAGCGUACGACGAAAGAUGCCUGGAUCUGACUCGGCGUCUCCGCGACACUUGCCUGGACGAUGAAUGCGACGUGUGUGACGAGAUGAUCGAAGAAGAGUCCUCCUCCUCGUCUGAUGACGAUGAUGAUGCAUUCGGAGGUUUCGACGCAUUGGACAUGGCCACCGGGCCAUGCCGCGCCAAGUGCUCGGGGCUGACCCCGCCAAAUCCCGCACCUCAGGCGUCGUCACAGCCGGAGAAAACUACUGUACUGGCAAGAAUGCGCACGAUAUUUGGAGGCCAAGCGAAAACACCAAAGCCACGACGAAAUCCUCUGGGCGGACCAAAGGAGAGUACAGGGGUGAAUGCAGCCAGUUUAGACAGUAUGGGGAGUCUGCGCAGUGUGGGAAGCGUGAAGACUGAGAGCUCGGAAAACGAAAGCAGUGACAGCGACAGUGCAUUGCCACCGCAACGAUCGCCGUGGCCCGCGGCACCGGUGACGGCGAUGUACACGCUGACGCCGAACCCAAUGCCGCCACCGCCGCCCCGCGUUCAGUUUGCCCCAACGGCAUCCGUCGUCGCGCCCGCUUCGACGCAGCUCGAGAAGCACGAAUCGUAUCCGUCUCAGCCGCCACGCGUGCAUCCACCUCCCAAUCCACUCCUAAUAAGAGACGAGUGCCCGGAAAAAGCCGACCUUUACAAGUGGUACAAACGAUGGUUCAUACUGUGGAUUUUUGAUAUAAAAGAUACACACAGGACUCGAGCAAUACAAGUUGGUGAAAGGGACAUCGCUAUGGCUUACGAUCCGUCUCUUGUAUAUGAAGAUUACAUCCAAGACGAUGCUCCUAUGAAGGCACAACGACAGCGUAAAAAAAAAGAAAAGCAAAAAAAAAAUAAAUCAACAGCUCCUAUGGUAGACAAAGAAAAAAAACAAGCGGAGAAGGAAGCACUUGAAGAGAAAAAAAGGGAAGCUAGAGAGUAUAAGAUGAAGGAAAAAAUAAGGGAAAGAAAGAGAAUUGAAAGAGCUAAGCAAAGAGCCCGAAAAAAAAAAAUUAAACCAAAAGUCUUUUGCGAAUGUAAAGCAAGAGAAUUCAAAAUUAUAGAGGCCAGAAAGCAUGAAACUUUAAGUGCGUGGAACACUUGGUGUCCUCCAGAUCCCGCACCUGAACAAGAAAUUGUGUACGAGCGAUUGGUACUUACCGUGGACGACCUGCCACCACAGCCACCGCCUCCUCCGGUAGAGACGCGAGAUCUUAUGAUUCAAAUUGAUCUACCUCCUAUUGAGCCAGGCACAGCGUUAAGUGAGGAAAUGUAUGACUUAGAUGAACUAGACGAAUUGGGAUCAGUCGAGGAAAUCGAAAAUACAUAUGACAAGAGGAGCGUUUCAUCUAGACAUUUACGUAGAUCCAGUGUAAUUGUAGCGACCUCACAAGACAAAUCAAUACGUCCUUCGAUACCAAUGGAUUCCAAAACCCCUAGACCUCGCCCUAGAAGUUUGUAUGAUACAAAGCCAAAACCUAAACCGAGAGUCAGAGCAAUAAUUAUGCAAACCGACUCAGAUCCAGGACCACUACGAGAACAAAAUAUACAGUACGAAAAACAAUGCGUCUGUCGUCCAGGUCCUGAUUCUAAAUGUACCUGUAAGAAAAGCGGAAGCGAUAGGCCUUGUAGCUGUAAAACACCAUCACCUCUAGACGGGGGACCUCCUUGUAUUUGCAAACCAAAGUUCGGCCCUGGUUUUAGAACAAGAAGAAGGAAAAAAUGCAGAAGUAGAAAAUGUAAAAAGUGUAGAGAAAAGGGCUUGUCAGGUCGAGACAUUAUGGCGAAAAUGCGUACAAAAGAUGAAAAACUGAAAGAGGAGCAGGAAAAAAUUAGAAUAGAAAAGGCAAAACUAAAAGCGAUGAAGCAAGUGCAAAAAAGAGAAGGUAAACUUAAUCGUGUCGAAGCAGCUAAAGACAAAAUAGAAAUGAAGGCAGCAGCAGAGAGAAUAAAACAUCAAAUGAAGGAACAGGAACAAAUUCUGAAGGAACAGAGACGGAAAGACUUGGCGAGAGAAAAGAAGUUAAAACUACAACAGAAGGAACAAGUACGACAAGCGAAAAGAGACGAAGAGUUUCGAAGAAGAUUAUCAGAAAUGCGGAAGCCUGAAGCGGAAUUCUGUGGCUGUAGAGAUUGGCAAAAAGGUCUCUGUAAAGUGAAAAUUCCACCGGAUAUACUAGCGGCACAAGAGGCUUUGCAGAAAGAACAAGAAGAACGAGAAGCGAAUUUAAUAUCCUCCAAAUCAAUGAAGAUGUCUCUGUCCCAAGCAGCGCAGACGAUGGCUAUGGCUGCAUUGCUAGCACGGAGUAUAGACAAUAGUGAUUCUGAAUUUAUACUGCCCACCCACAGGCAGUCACAACGCCAAGAAACUUUUCACAAAUACCAAAAUAAAGCUGAUAAUUACGUAGCGAAAGAAAACUGGCAACAAAACAUCCUGACCCCGAAAAGCGCAUACCCUGGUCGCAGAUCUUUGAGUCCUCCAGAUAAAUACUCAGAAGACCAUGACGCUGUUGCUAUUACCAGCACAGCCCAAAGCUCCAAAGUAAUCAAUAACGUUACGCUAACGAAAACGAAACAGCAAUCAACUAGGCGUCGUCGAAUACACGAACACAAUAUCCCUCCUACUGCACUAAGUGUCAAUAAUGACAUCAUCGCACCAAAAAUAAGUUACAAAACCGUACAGUCACGACAAUUGCCAGUGUGCACUAAUGUUGCGGAAACAGUUUUCACAUACUCGAAUGACGAAACUGAGAGUACAGUUGAUAUAAAUCAAUUGAUUUUCACACAACAAAAUGAUUCGUCAACGUCCAAAUCUGGUCUUCAUAGAAUCGUUGAAAAGGUAUUGAGCAAAAGAAAAAAGAAUAGAAGUAAAGAGAGAUUUCAACACGAAACGCAACAUAACUGCAAUAAAAAAAAACGUAUUCAAGGAACUGGUCCUAAAGUUAAACGAGACAAGAAUAGAGCUGAUGAAUUUCCACAAGGAAGUACGAGAAUGGUGAAUAGUCGAUUCAUGAAACGGAAAUUUGCCAAAAAUAUAGUGACAUCUCUCAUUAGUAUCUUCAACAACUCAUCAUGUCGCAUGCCAAAGGGAGUGUCUAGCGUAAUGCCAGAGCAAUUUGCGGACCCCAGCAUUGCCGAGGAGCCUUCUGAAGAUCAGAACUGCAGCCCACCGCUGUACAUCGUAGACAGCGGUGUUACUAGCGUGGCCGAGCGCCCCGGCUUGCACCUGCUGGGUUCGCCGCCACCUGUGAGCCGCGCCGUGCGCCUGCGCGACUAGAUGUGCUAGUGUCCAUGUCAUUCGUCAUUAUCCACGGGAUGUAACGAAAAAAUAAAUGAUGCGAUGCGAAAUGUGCCCUUUGGAGUCCGGCCGCGAGAAAGCUGCCAUCGCCAGUACACGCGCCAUCUUUCGCUUCGCCCCGUCGCGAAUGAUCCAUGUUUUUAAUGAAAUAAACGUU